CGUUCCAAAAAUCUCAAAUUUUUUAAAAAUUCUCAUCCAACUUACCGUUGCCAACGUCCUCUCAGUAGUCACUGCCCUACCUCUCCUUCCCCUCUCUCUCCCUUUCUCUUUUCCUUACCAAUCACCACCAGCCAUGAAAACCCCCAAAUUCUGAACUCAAAAUCUAAGAAGCCCUUUUCUUUCCACACCGUUCAUGAUCUUUCUUUAAAAUCUCGACUGAGUUUCUUUAAAUCUUGGUAGGGUUUGCCUUUCUUGAUUCUAGUUCUUGAUUUUCCGGCCAUGGCGGCAUUGGCACCUGGAAUUCUAUUGAGGCUUCUUAAUGGAAUGGAUACAGGGACAAAACCGACCAGUGAGCAUAGAAGCUCGCUUCUUCAAGUGACGGAUAUUGUCCCAGCUGAUCUUGACGAGAAAAAUCUUUUUCCUAAACAUGGAUUCUACAUUAAAGUAUCUGAUUCUUCGCACUCAAUUUAUGUUAGUCUUCCCUCUGAGCAAGAUGAUUUUGUUCUCAGCAAUAAAAUGCAGCUAGGCCAGUUCAUUUAUGUUGAUAGAUUAGAGCCAGGUUCUCCUGUUCCUGUUGUUAAAGGCGCAAAGCCACUUCCUGGAAGACACCCGUUAGUUGGCACACCGGAACCAUUAAUGGGUUUAAGAAGAAAAGGGGAAAGAAAUGAACAAAACCCUAAUUCAAAAGCCUCUGGUCAUAGGAGGGGUUCUUGGGGAACAGGACAAAAUUGGGAUAAUGGGGUUUCGUCUCCAAUGGUUUUAAAGCCAAUUCCUUUGGAUUUUGAUCAGUGUACGCCUGCUAAACAGCGAGUGAGUUGUGCGAAAGUAGCAUCUCCCAUUAUAAGAGGGAAAAUUGGUAAAGAUGGAAAUGGGAGUGCAAUCAGGUGCUCAUUUGGUGGUGGUUUGCUUGCUAAAAUGGUGGACACUAAAGGAGAGAGUCCUGCAUUACUUAGAAAAAGCUGUGCAGCAACUUCUGCAUCAAAGUUUCCAAGAAGCAAAAGUGUUUGUGAAAGAGAGGCGAGAAUUCCAAUUAGUCCCUUCAACUCAUCUGAAAAGAAAAGCGCAACUCCACCCCCAAAUUUGAGGAAUGGAAGAGUGGUGACUUCCCUCAAAAUGGAUGGAGAAUCACAGAACUCUAAUUCAAAGCCUGCCCCAGAACCACAAUUUAUGUGCAGUAGCAACUCUGCUUCUGAUAAUACUACAACUUUGCCCAUCAUUUUGCCAGGAAAGUUGAGCAUACUUGGAAAGGAAGCUGUCCAGCAGAGAGAAACUGCUCAAAAGAUAGCCCUGCAGGCCCUAAGAGAUGCUUCAGCUACUGAAACUUUAGUUCGAUCUCUCAAGACGUUUUCAAAAAUAACUAAAACUGCUAAACCAGAAGCACCAACAGCCUGUUUUGACAAGUUCCUUGAAUUUCAUAACCAGAUUGUUCAAGCAGUUACUGACAUGGUGUCAAUUCAAGCAGCUACUUCAGCGACUGAAAUUGGUCAGAACCCAAAAUUUGUUGAACAGAAAGAGAAGAAGCCUGAAGAGGAGUUUCCAAUCUUACACGAAAUUGUACACAAUUCUAUGAACUCAGAAUUAUCUUCAUCAAAGAGAAGAGCUGCAUUAUACAAAUCAGUUGCUGCAUUUCCUGAAAGAAGAAACCAGACAAACACUAACCAAAAGUCAUCCAGAGGUCAAAAAUUGGCUCUUGAAGCUAUAAGUGAAAAUGAUGAAAACAAGAUACCAGCAAAUGGCAGUUUAAGCAACACAAUUAAAUUGGGUAAGCAGAUUGAAACUGAAGCAGGGAAUUGGUUUAUGGAGUUUAUAGAAAAAGCUUUGGAAAAUGGAAUGAAGAAAUCAUCUAAAGCAGAUGGGGAUGCAAAAAAAGUUCCUCAGUAUUUGAUAUUGAAAGUUAUAAACUGGGUUGAAGUAGAACAGUGUGAGUGCAGUAAAAGGCCAGUGCAUCCUAAAGCAUCACAGAUAGCAAGAAAGCUAAGGAUCAAGAUGAAGAACCCUUGAAAUUUUAAUUUUGACCGAGUAAUCUUGAUUUUAUCAUAUCAUAUGUAUGGUAUUGUUUGUGAAUUAUGUUGCAUUUUAUGGAAAUUUAUAUUGUUUGCACGUAUAUAAGUUCUACUUUCUAGUAA